AUGAAUUCAGCUGUAACUUCAACAAAUACUUCAAAUAGCAAUCGUGACAGCCAAAAAUAUGAAGAAAGUAUCCGACAUGCAAAUGAAGCAUUAAAAGAUUUGAUGGAACUUGUCAAUAUGCCCGAUUUUGAGGAUCACGAUGGUUGGAAGCAAAAAAUUUCGAAUAAAACUGAUGUUGUUUAUUCGAAACGUUAUAAAAUGGGAAAAAUUUUUACUAUGAGGACUAUCUUUAAUUUUCCCCUACAACAAGCUUUUGUGGAACAUUGGGAAAAUUUCGUCGAUGUUGCACAUUACAAUAAAAAUAUCUCAAGUGUGAAAAUUAUUGCUGAUUUAUCAUCGAACACCGAUAUUGUUUAUUAUGCAAUGAAUGAUAUUUCAACUAUCAAAGGUCGAGAAUUCCUAAUGUGUCGUACAUUUCGUCGUGCUGAUAAUGAAAUUAUCGAAGCUGCACGAAGUAUUGAUCUCCCUGAUUUUGAAUAUAAUCCACAAAAGAUACGUGGACAUAUUGUACUUGGUGGUGGACGCUUUCGAAUUCAUCCGAAAGAUUCCACCAAAACAAUUGUUGAUUAUGUUAUGUGUGUGGAUUUCAAAGGUCCUGAUAUACCAAAAGUAAUUAUGGAUACGACACUCAGUAUGAUAAUUAUACAGGAUGCCGAAUCGAUACGAAAACAAAUUGAAAAGCUCAAACAUGAAGCUGUGUGA